GCGGUACUGCAGGGAGCUGACAGGAGCCUCCCCCGCUCAACAAUUUUUUUACGUAAUAUUUUUUUCUAUAAUUAAAGUUUCUUGGUUUAAUUACGUUUGCUCAAGACGCAUAUGAAGGCGCGGUUAAAUACAGUUCACUGACGGGAUUAUCCUCCUAAAAGAUCUCACAAUAGACUGCCGCUUAAUUAGUCCUCACCAUGGCGACGGUUGUGAUGGAGCAGAUUGGGAGGCUGUUCAUCAACGCACAGCAGCUUCGCCAGAUCCCCCGUUUCCUGGAGUCAGCCUUCCCUAAACUGCCUUGUACUGUGAUGGUGAGCGAUGUGCCGUGGGUUUUCCGUGAGUCGCACAUAGUCACGGGCUACAGGCCGCCUGACCAGAACUGGCGCUACUACUUCCUCACUCUGUUCCAGAGGCAUAAUGAGUCUGUAAAUGUAUGGACACACCUGCUGGCCUCCCUCAUUAUUUUAGUCAAGUUUCAGGAGCUGUCUGAAACUGUGGACUUCCUGCGGGACCCACACGCCCAGCCGCUGUUCAUCCUGCUCCUAGCCGCGUUCACCUACCUGGGCUGCAGCGCGCUUGCCCACUUGCUCUCGGCCAAGUCUGAGCUCUCCCACUACACCUUUUAUUUUUUGGACUACGUUGGUGUAGCCAUAUACCAGUAUGGCAGCGCCCUGGCCCACUUCUAUUACGUCAUCGCAGAAGAAUGGCACGCUCAAGUGCGAAGCUUUUUCUUGCCAGCCGCGGCCUUCCUGGCCUGGCUGUCCUGUACGGGCUGCUGCUACGGCAAGUACGCCAGCCCAAACUUGCCCAAAUUCGUUCACAAGCUAUUCCAAGUGGUUCCCUCGGGCCUGGCCUACUGUUUAGACAUCAGCCCAGUGUUCCAUCGGAUCUAUAAAUGCUACAGCUCCGAACAAGGCUGUGCCGACCAGGCGGUGGUGUACCACUGCUACCAGGUCCUCUUCUUUUUGAUCAGUGCCUACUUCUUCUCAUACCCCCAUCCUGAGCGCUGGUUCCCGGGAUGUUGUGACUUCAUUGGCCAGGGCCAUCAGAUCUUCCACGUGUUCCUUGUGCUCUGCACUCUAGUGCAGAUUGAAGCAGUGCGUCUGGAUUACAGCGAGAGGAGACCUUUCUACGAAAGUCUCCAUGGAGACUUGGCUCACGAUGCAGUGGCUCUUUUUAUCUUCACAGCGUGUUGCAGCGCACUCACUGCAUUCUAUGUGCGCAAACAGGUGAAGGCGUAUCUAGAAGAGAAGCAGGAGUAGAUAUCAUGGCAGGGACACUUGCUUGCACAUGUAGGAAGGAUUGCACUGGUCUACAACAACUGAAGCAACUAACAAUGAAGGUCCUUCUUGUUAUUUUUCAGUGUAUGUUAUAUUUGUCGUUAAUGGUUUUAUGUGGCCUGCCAAUGCAUUUUGAACCAACCACUUUCUGUUUACCAAACUGGUGACAUGCUUUAAAACCACAUUACAUAUGAAGAAUGGCUCUAAAACAAUGGAUUGCCCGCUGAAAGGUGCUGAUUUUUUUGACGAGUGCCAUUGUAACCUAUCAAACCUGGUUAACGUGAGCUCUGUAAAGGGAUGUCAGCAUUUUUGCUGACAGGUUAGUUUGCAUAAAGGAUAGUUUAGGUAGACUGGAUCACUGGAAAUGUUCAUACUUGCAUUAUGCCUCUAAAUCCAACUUCAUUUUGGUGCCAUGUGCUGCUCCUAGCAUUGUUACUCACAUGGUAUUUAUGCAUUUUCCAGACAUAUAUUGCAGUCAAUAUAUGUAGUACACUAAAUACACUUUUUCCCUGCAUGUGUUCCCUGGGAAUUGAACCCAUGACCUUGGUGUUGCUAGCACCAUGUGCUACGGUUUGAAUUACAGGAAUGCACACAGUAAGUAAAAUGUCAGUAAAUAAAGUUUCCAUGCCAUUAGACCAGCGCAAUUAGCAAAAUGUGGAGCUCAGAUGAACUCAAAGGUUAAAAUCACAGGUCUUUUAAAUCAUGACUGAAAUAUUGCAGACUUCAUAAGGAAUACCUUCCUGAGAGAUGACUGAUUAAUAUAAAUAUAUAUUAAUCAGAUCAAAUUUCCCCCUUUGCAGUGCUUUUUAGACACCAAUUUUCUGUUUUGGCUACUAUUACCUCAGUAAACCAAUGCAAAUUAGUGUCAAAUUGACUUCUGACUUGCCUUACAGAGUGUCCGACCUGUCCAGUGCCACGUUGAGGUUAGUUUAUAAUUACCUGCGAAUUGCAAUCUAUUGGUUUUGCACUGCCAGUGUAGGUGACACUUCCCUUUUAAAGUGUAGCCUGUGAAGAGGGCUGAAAUACCGGAUGUUGUGAAAAGGACAGUAGGCAGGAUGUGAUGUCAUUGGAUUGCAGUAUAGUCAGAUCGAAGGAAUUCAGAUGCAGCCCUGGCUGAUUAAUAAUUUAACACAAAAAUGAAAACUCAGCGUGUUCUGCUCAUCUUUAUUCUUCAAAUUUAUUAGAAAGUCGCUCAAUGCCAUCAACACUCUUAGUUUGGAAAAUUUUAAAGCGUCAGUUCAUUCAAAAAUGAAAACCCAUCAUUUUGUUACUUUCAUGUUCUUCCAAAUCUCAAUGAUAUUUUGAAGAAUGCUUCAACUGUUGCCCAUA